AUGUCGAAACAUGAAGAAGAUAAAGGAAUUGUAUAUUGCAACAGAGUACGUCUUGGUAAUUGGUAUGAAGCAUCGAAGUUGGAAGAGUAUAAACUUAAUAAGUUUCUUGAGCAAAUGAAAUCGGGAAAUUUAAUGUUGGCUCGAUUCCGUAAAAUGACUGAAAACCUUAACAAACCAACUGUAUUGACUCAGUCGUCGGGGAGUAUCGGAUUUGGUGCGAAAAUAGCCCUCCUCGCUCCCCAUGUGCCAGCUUCAGAUCCUCCUGCUGAAGAUAAAAAAGGUUUAUUAUUAGGCGGUCGUAUAUCAUCCAACGAAAUCAAUUAUUCACAAGAAUUAGAAGAUGGAUGCGCAGUGAUUGGCUUAUCAGAACUUGAGCCGAUGGAACGAAAUACAUUUAUUAUAAUGAGCGCAGAUUAUUGUAAUAGAGAAGGUGAACAACUGAAGUAUAAUCAAGAGUUUCUUCUAGCAAUUAACUCUUCUGUUGAAAAGAAAAAGCCUUUGUACCUCAGAUACGACCCUAACCCGAUCCCAGGGUUGUGUGGUUUGUACCCUCUGUAUUUGAGCAAGCAUUACGUAUCGAACACUAGAUGGCGCAUCUUGCCCGUUCAGAGUCCCUACAUAACUCGCUUUGAACAAGAAGGAAAACCUGUUAUGGUUAAUCAAGACAUUAUAGUAAAUCACUGUGCCACAAAUGUUAAUUUGGGUAUAAAUGUCGGUUGCUGGGUGAUGGGGUUUUAUGGAAAGGUUUGUACGCCAAUUAUGAAAACAAGCUUGGAUAUCUACGGGAAGGAGUUACCUAAUAAUAUUUGGCAAAUUUAUAUUCCUAUCGCUAGCUAA